AUUUUCUAAGCAUAAUAUCCUCUGCGAAUUCAGUUUAGUGGCGAGUUUUUGUAGCAAGAAAGUGAGCAUGAUGAUGAUGAAGAAGGAGAUCAAGGUCUCUGCCUCUAGUGUGGCUUUGUGUGCAGUGGUUGUGGUGGUGCUGCUUAUGGCGGAGGCGGCACCCAUUGCUGAAGCUGUGACUUGCAGCCCAGUGGCGUUGAGCCCUUGUCUUGGGGCAAUAUCUUCCUCUACUCCACCAUCAGCCGCCUGUUGCCAGAAGUUGAGGGAGCAAAAGCCAUGCUUAUGUGGGUACCUCAGAAACCCAUCCUUGGCGCCGUAUGUUAACUCUCCUGGCGCAAGAGCAGUGGCUAGUACUUGUGGGAUCCCCUACCCAAGAUGUUAGCUAUAUAAGUUUUAUAGCAUGUUUGGUUGCACGAUUUGCACAGAAUCCAUUACAUAUUUACUCGUAAGCUAAGACUUACUGUUUUUAAAUAAAAGUGAUUCCAGAGCAUUUCACCGUGGAACCAAACAUGCUGUUAAUUAGAUAUUACUCUUACAAUGAUGGUAGGUAUUAAAAGUAUAUUGAAGAAUCUACCUAUCUUUUAAUAUGUUAACUAAGAAGGAUUAAGCUGAAUCUAGAUUUUCUCAUGUGGAAACAUUCUCAUGUUUCCAAAUUGUAUGUCUAUCUCGUUUUUCAUAUAUAUUAAAUAAGAGUGAUCAUUUGAAUACUAAUAAAAAGAGAUAGACACUAUGUUUUGUUUGA